AUUGCCGCUGGCCGGUCGGCUGGCGAUUCGACUUGUCCGUUUGUCUGCCGUGUUCGAGAGUUGCCCGUGCGGCGUCGCCGGUGCCCGACGUGCAUCGCGUCGUGCUCCUCCCGCCUCGAGGUCGUUCCUGCGCGGACGCAACGGGGAUCGACUGCAACGACGCUCGUUUCCCGUCGCGACGACAGCUGUCGACUGACGAUCGACGUCGCCUUCUACGAGGAGUCAUCGCACGACGGUCGGAUACAUCACCCGAGAAGCCCUUACUGAGGCGCCGGCUGCAGAGGCGGGGUCCUGGAGGCACCGUCAUUGACCCUGAUUUUGCUGCGUACCCAAAGAGAAAAAGAUAUCCUGGAUACACCGGAAAACACACGCUUGCAACAAGGGAAGCUAACGGCGCUUGUUUGGAAGCAUCUGUGUGCCGUGUGGUUUUGCCCGCUUUAGGCGCCACAGCUUUUUUUUUUUUUUUAACUGAGUCAGAUUGCCCUGCCAGAGCGGAUGCGGACGCAGCACGAGGUAUCUCUCUGAGAUAACGACUGUCAAGAGGCCGACCAGAUGAAGAAAAGGAAACGAUGCGCCGAGCUGACGUUCGAAAUGUGCGCCUGAAAAUUAAGCGAAGAUGGCAAGGGCCAAAACUAGAUGGCUUUCGAAACAGUAUCGGCAAGCCUCGCAGAUAACGUGCGAGGCAAAAAGCUGAGCAGAUCAUCGCAUACUGAUGACGCCGCGAUAACGCCGGAUUUCGACCCACGCGCUCUUGCAAAAGUUCGUCCGAAAUUUGAGUGACAGUGUUAAACGAACUCGCCGCAACAUGUGGGGCUGCCUGGGCAAGUCGAAGAAACGCCGCAAAGCGGUCAUCAGCAUAGUGCGCAGUCCAUCGCCGGGCUGUCGCUGUUCCUGCCACGGACAGUCCUUGCAACAGCGCAAACAGGUGAUAUCCUCCUGUGACCCCAAACAGAGUUAUGAGUUGAAUCGCAGUGAAAGCAGAGAACUCCGACAUUCCAGGAGAUCGAAGAGUCCUGGAUCCCGAUCACUUGAACGAACGAGAAGUCCGAGAAGCCUCGAACGACAACUUAGUUUCGCCAUGGAUGUGACAUACGUAACGGAGAAGAUUAUCGUUGUCACUUUCCCCGAAGGUGGAUUGGACACCACCUAUCGCAGUAACCUGAAGGAGGUGACCCGAAUGCUAAGGACGAAGCAUGGCAACAAGUACACGGUGUUCAAUCUUUCCGAAAAACGACACGACCUCGCCAGGCUCAACAGCCAGAUUGCGGAGUUCGGAUGGCCUGCACAUCUCUCACCGCCUCUCGAGAGGCUCUGCACCAUCUGCAAGAGCCUGGACUCAUGGUUCCACGCCGAUUCGCAGAACGUCGCGAUCCUUCACUCCAAGGGUGACAAGGGCCGCGUCGGCGUCGUACUGGCUGCGUACCUGCACUACACCAGCAUAUGCGCCAGCGACAAUCAAGCACUCGACCGGUUAACAAUGCGAAGGUACUACGAGGACAAGCUGUACUCUUCGAUGCAUCCUUCGCAGAAAAGGUAUGUCCACUACUUCACGGAGCUUCUGUCCGGCAACAUUAAGAUGAACAACAAUGCUCUGUACCUGCAUCAUGUCAUCCUUCACGGGAUUCCAAACUUCGACAACAGAGGAGGUUGUCGGCCGUUUUUCAAGAUCUACCAAGGCAUGCAGCCGGUGUACACGUCGGGCGUACACGUGGCCACGGACGGUUCCCGGCGGCUGGUGGUGCCACUGGAAGCGAGCCAAGCCCUCCGCGGAGACGUGCUCAUCAAGUGCUACCACAAGAAGCAGCGGCCCGCUGGUCGGACGCCCAUCUUCCGGGUGCAGUUCCACACGUGCACGCUGGACGGCGGCAAGGUGUUCUUCGGAAAGGCGGACCUGGACGACGCCGUCUCCGAUCCCCGUUUUCCCGACGACGGUCAAGUGGAGUUGCUGUUCUCAGAUCGACCUGAUGAUUUCCGAGGAAACGGUUCUGUGUCCGAUGUCGUCAGCACAGCCGACCAGACGAAAGAUCCUCUGGUCAGGCACGACUCGUACGAAAACUUCGACCUCAUUCAUGAAGACAGCCAAAGUGAUCUGGACGAUCUAAUCGAGCCGACCAACAUUUCUGUUCCCCACGCAGAGGGUCCCCUUGACGGAAACCUCUACGCAGUGGUGACAAAGAGGCAGCCCGUGGACGACGGCCCCUUUUCCCCUCCUCCCCCAACUGCCGCCGACACUGACGUGCUAGACGGGCCGCAUACUGUGAGCAUGGACUCUGGCAUCUCCUCCUCCUCGGGCCUGCACGGAAACCCUAGCCCACAGGGGCUGCUCCACAAGGUGCCCAACGGAGGCACCGUCGAAGUGGAAGUGCACCACUCGGCUGACGGUGGCCAGCUGCACCAGCAGCAGCAACCAGCAGCAGCGCGGAACCCCCUGCGGUCAGAGCACGCCGAGUUGGACGACCUGCUGGACGGGAUGCUGCGAGAGAUCCGCUCCAUGCCCAACCACCCGUCAAAUCCGGCACUUGGGAGCCGCCCGAAUCCGUCGCACUCGUACGGCACGCUGCCCCACGCCAGUCCCAGCUCGUUUUCGAAUCCAGGUCACGGCACCAUCUACUACUCGUACUCGUCGCACACCACAUCCUCGGAGCCUCCGACGGCGGUGGUGCAGCGCAACGGCGGCGGAGACCACCACCCAGCUGGUUACCAGCGCUGGCCACUGCACCACCAGGAGUCGUUCGACAGCCGGUCGCCGGACAGCGGCCACCGAACCACGUCGCCCUUCUCGUACGGCGUCGAGUACGGCAGCCCCGCGCUCAGGCGCCGACGAGCGCACUCCGAGUCGGCCAGGGACUCGUUCGAGGAUCGCAGCUACGGCACACUGCGAGACGCCUCGCUCAGCCCGGAGCCCGUGGUGGGAAGUCAGUCAUGGCUACAAAAGCAACAGCAGAAAUUGCGUGCCCGCCGGGAAGGUUCGUGGGAAGACAGGCAUCGCAAGGAGAGGCAGUUGAUCGCAGAAUUGCGCACCGCCACCGCGAUGCGUAGUCCCGAACCACAGAACGGCACUGUGGACAUGUCACCGCUGAACGGCGACGUUGGAACGUUCAAGGGCACCAACUACUCAACGCCACUGCACAUCCACACGAGCAGCAAGCCUCCGAUCCAUCGUGGCCUCAGUGCACCAACGUCGCCCAUCAUACCGUCGCGGACAAGCAGCCGGGAUGUGACGCUGCGCAGGUACCCUCAGUGGCAGCCGCAGCCACUGCCGACAACCGUGCAGCCCAUCGUGCGCCAGAAAUCGGACACGUCUUUCGACCGGGAGAGGCCGUUCGUGGAGGCCAAGCGAACACACCAGCAGGCGCGAGACCACUUGGCGGCCGGCAACGCGCCAGGUACGUCUCCGCAUCGGCUCAUAUCGUCGUCGGUCGUGUACGGCGAUCCUAGUGAUCCCGCGCGGAGACCGGGUGUGUUGGCCGGUAGUCCCCCAUCCGCCAGCACUGCUCCGCCGCCGAGGCGAGACGACAUUCUGGCCAUGUUGAAUGACCCGCCGUUCUCGACGGCGCCGAAGACGUCUUCUCCUGUCGGGACAGCACAAUACAAGGUAGAAGAACCGGUACAAUUGCGUGAGAUGGCACCAAUAGCCCAGUCAACUCCGAACAAGUACGGGCAGGACGACAGCUCCCUGGAAGGCUCGUCGCCUUGGCCCACGAGGGGAACGGACGACAGUCCGUCGGCCAGUCCUUCCAGCGGGACGGACCGGCCGGCCACGCCAGCAUUUCCUGUGCCUCCGCGGACGCCCUACAUGAAUCAAGACUCGUCGGGGGGACUACCGCCUAAAAGCCCAACCCUUUCGCGCCGGAGGAGCCCCUCACCGGCCACCGUGAGUGCCUUGCAGCAGAGCCUGCCCCCUUCAUCGGGACUUCCAACAAGUCCCAAUGGCCAGAGCUCACCGACAGUCUACUUUGGCCAGUCGAGGAGGUCAAGCAUGCUCUCCCUGGCAGAUUCUCCUGAAGUCAUCCAUCAUCACCCUGUUUUUGUUAAGGACACCUCCAAGUAUUGGUACAAGCCCAACAUCAGCAGGGAAGAAGCCAUCCACGUGUUGAAGACAAAGCCACCGGGCACGUUCAUUGUCCGGGACAGCAACUCAUUUCCUGGUGCAUUUGGUCUGGCACUCAAGGUGGCAAGCCCUCCUCCGAAUGUCCAGACUCGAUCAGGUGACCCAUCAAAUGAGCUGGUACGGCAUUUCUUGAUUGAGCCUACUGCCAAGGGAGUUCGACUCAAGGGCUGUGCCAAUGAACCUGUCUUCGGGAGCCUGUCUGCCCUUGUUUACCAGCACUCCAUCACGCCGCUGGCUCUUCCUUGCCGACUGCUGUUGCCGGAGUCUGAAAUUGGAGGUGAACCCUUCUGGACAGGCGAUGUUGUGGACAGCACCACCGCACCAACAACUGCUGCUACUACGGCUUCUAGUCUGCUGCAGCAAGGAGCAGCUUGCAAUGUGUUGUACCUAUGCACCAUGGACAUGGAGUCACUGACGGGUCCACAGGCAGUACGACGCGCUAUGGCUGAGCUGCUGGCCAUCUCACCACCACCUGUGCCCACUGUGGUCCACUUCAAGGUCUCCUCCCAGGGCAUCACCCUCACCGACAACAACAGAAAGUUAUUUUUUAGGAGGCAUUACGCGCUUAACGCGAUAAGUUUCUGUGGCACUGACCCUGACGACAGGCGCUGGACUCAAAAAGAUGAAGAUGCAGGCGUCACUGUCACUGCUAGGUGCUUUGGCUUUGUGGCUCGCAAACCAGCAAGCAAGACAGACAACCAGUGCCACUUGUUUGCCGAGCUGGAUCCAGAGCAGCCAGCAUCGGCCAUCGUCAACUUCGUUGGCAAAGUCAUGGAUAGUGCUGGAAUAUCAGCAACGCGGGCGAACAUGAUAUAGACGUACUCUACUGGUUGUACAAAGCUAACGCGAGCUGUCUAGCCAUAUCUCUCAAGGUUAGUGAUGCUCUGAGGGCACUGCUAGUGCUUUGAAGGCGCACAAAAGGCAAAGACUGCAGCUGCGAUAGCACUUUCUCGUGCUGCACCGUUAAGCGUGUGUUAAUAUUUUAUUGUGAGUGUUCCUAUCAGCACCACGUCAGUGCAAGCCCAAAGUGCAAAGCCUAAUCAAUUGUUAAACGCGAGAAGAUAUAUUUGACAUCGAAUCCUAUAAUUAUGCAAGCUAGAAUACAAAGCAAAUAUACAAAUGUUUUACAUACUUGAGGCUGAAGGACUGUAUGAAACAGUGACACUUUUGGCUUUACUUGCGUUCCGGGUGAGGAAGCUAAAUCGCUUACGUUGACGUUAUUCACUACAGCAAGAAAAAGGCAAACCAAAGGAUGUCUCGCUAUGGAAGGCCACAACAGCUGGCUAGACAGCUUUGAUUUGGUAGGGCUAGUGAAUUGUUGUACAUUGUGAUCAGUUUAUAAUCAUUGUUAUGAAUUAAGAAAGAAUUGUCAUUUUUCUUAGACCUUUUUGCGCAAAAGCAAAGCUUGAAAUGCUAAGACGAUGGCUAUGGUUCUUACUAAUGCACAUCAUGUUUCAAAUGAAAUGAGAAACAAGCCUGUUUGUGCUUGCUUUUAAUCUCUGAGGUAAUAGCAACCUUACCAUGUGUCACAAGAGGGCCACAAGUAGUGGUUGUACCAUAUAUCAAGCAUUAAACGUACACAUUUGAUUUUUAUUAGUUCCUUGCAGGUCUUGCAAUGAGCUUCUAAGUGUUCUAAUCAUCAUUUUUUCCAAAGUGCAACAAAAACUUCUUUGUCUGUAUGGAACAAGAGUGCAUAAAAAUGAAGCAUUUAAGCAUUCAUAUUAUGUUUAUUUAGAGACAUUGAAAAAGAUGUGUGAAUUCAAUUCUACAAAAAUCAAGAUAGAUUCUAAAUUAACUUAUGCAUGGCAUCAUUCUGCCUCUACCUUUAAAAGUGCAAAACCAGCUGCACUAAAGGGCAGCAGUUAAAUAUUCACCCUUCCAUGGAGGGCAGCUCAAAUUAAGUAUAUUCAUUUUUAAUUCAGUUGCUUCUUAUAAUGUAGAAACAGGAUAUAUGAAUUAGUUUCACAAACUUUUAUGGAAAUAUUUGUACGGAAGGAGGUUAUUGAGGGGUAAUGCAGUACCGGAGUGUCGCAUGUUAUAAUGAAUUUGAGUACCACACUGAUAUUGUAAUGUAAAUUUCCUUUAUUUUAAUGCAUACACAAAAUAAAGAAAGCACGAACAGCACUGCCCAGCACAUGUGUGCUGUUGUGCAGUAUUUUAGUGUAGAUGUGAAGAAAUUAAGUGGUUAACAAACAUUCUGUGAGAAAAAAAAGCGGGGUUUACUGCUAUUCUUUUCCCGGCACACUUUGUCGAACACAAUAUUGUACACAAGUAUGUGUUCCUUGAAAGUGUAAGUGUUCCACAAAUAAAUGAUCGGAUCGCACAGGUUUCUUUUUUCUGACCCAGAGGUUAAGGUGAGAAAAACAUCUUAAGAUCAAAUGAUAAUGCAAGCCACUGCUAUUAUUGCUUCAUUUAGUGUACUGUCGCUACUGUGAGCUGGUGAAUUGCUUGCUUCAUGAAUUUUGCAUUUUCAAGAUCGUUGUUGUAAUGCUUUUCCAGAACGCGGGAAAUUCAUUUUGACAGGCAUAAAGAAACCCUGCCUUGCUAUUCAGUAGCGGCCACACCUUGCUGCAGCGUGUGCUCGAAGUGUGGCUUUUCAAUGUGGCAACAAAGGGUGUUCUAGCUGUGUGAACAAGAGUGCCUAUAGUGCAUUGACAUGUGCUAAACCUGUCAUUGGGUGCAAUAUGACUCGCCCACAAGAAGGCCUUGCAAGGAACGUUUGUUUCAUGUACUGCUGUCAGUGCACACGAAUGUGUCCUUCCGCACAAAAUAUGCCGUGGUAUUAUUGUGGCAUGAACGGGCAGUUACCUUAUUGCGACCGUUUUGAUGCACAUAACUCUGCUAAGUGUUCACUGUUUUGAAAUGUGACUCUGCAUUCAGCGCUUCAUAACAUAUUACUCUAUAUACAUAUAAAUAUUAUAUAUAAGAUGCUACUGUUGAUGUUUUCUUUGUAGAUUGUCAUAGAAGUGCCAUCUUUUAACAGAUUCUUGUCUCGCUAAUAAAGUAAAGUGGCUGUA